GCUACAACGAGCUUAACGGCCCUCUCUCGGUGGAACACCGCGUCCGGGUGACACCUCGUCUCGUCUCUGCUCUCGCCUUACUCACUUAACUUAAGUGCCAUGGAGGAAUCAAGUAGUUGACGUUUCCUGUAACCUUCUCUUUUUAAGCUUUCUUCCCGUCUGAUCACUGUGGUCCUGAACCGGUUUACUGACGUUUUGAACUCUCAAAUGACACUUUUUUUGUAACGAGCUUUGACCAUCCGAAAUCAUGAAGUACAUCAUCGGCAUCGGCGGUGUAACCAAUGGAGGGAAAACCACCCUCACCAACAGGUUGAUCAAGAACCUGCCCAACUGUUGUGUGGUACAUCAGGAUGACUUCUUCAAGCCCCAAGAUCAGAUUGAAGUUGGUGAAGAUGGCUUUAAGCAGUACGAUGUCCUUGCUGCCCUGGACAUGAACGCCAUGAUGAGUACCAUCUAUGCAUGGCUGGACAACCCGGUGAAGUUUGAGAAGUCUCACGGCGUCAAUAACACCCUGGAUACUGAGAUUGUCCCAAAGUCUGACGAUAAGGAUGAGGAGGAGUCUCACAUCCUUAUUGUGGAGGGCUUUUUGCUUUACACCUACAGACCUUUGAUCGAUGUGCUCAACCAAUGUUACUUUAUUUCCAUCCCACAUGAAGAAUGCAAAAAGAGGAGGUGCUCUAGGAACUACACGGUGCCAGACCCCCCCGGCCUAUUCGAUGGCCAUGUCUGGCCCAUGUAUUUGAAACACAAGAACAUCAUGGAGUCAUCAGAUGUUGACGUCUUGCAGCUAGAUGGAACCAAGUCAAAGGAACAACUGUUCAACUUUGUCUACGGCAACAUCCUGAAUAACAUCCAGAAGUCUUUUUAACAAACAAAGGUCAUACGAUCGGCUAAAAGGAGCAUGUAAUCCGCCUGCAAGCAGAACACCGCCUUGCCUUAAGUUUCUACCUGGCAGCUCAUUUAGCUGACUGCUCUGAUUUUUUGUAAAUGUUUAGCUGAUGGCAUUAAAUGCUGGCAUGUUUUUAUACCAACCAUAUUUAUUGCUUUGUUACAGCCCACGGUCAAAAGAGAGUUGAUGGAUAUGUUCAGAGGACAGUUGCACUUCUAUGUCAAUAAAUACUCCUCCUGCUAA